GUUUUCUUUCUUCUUCUCGUGGCCAAGUCUCCAAAAAACCUGAGCCAUCCGGAAUGGCAGAUUUUCAUCUUACUCAGACCGUAGCGGACGCUUUCAACGCGCUUGCGGAUGAGGUUCAGGUUUUGACAGACCGAAAGACAAUACUCGAGCAUAAGCUGCGUUUUGCGCACGAGCAGUUCCAGUAUUUGGCCGAUAAAUAUGCGCCCGCUACACCAGAGAUAGCAGAGACUUUGGCAAAGCUCCAGCUCCCAGCGCACACCUCUGUCGAUGAUACUUUGCCCGUGCCCCUUCCUAAGCAAAGCUCUCUGCAGUCCCAGCACCAGAUUGCUCUCAUCAUUCGUGACGGACGCCGCGCUGCAAACAAACUGGUCGCCUCAUUGGGUGAAGCCAGUAAAACCACAGCAUCAUCCAGAGACACGCUAUCUCAAACCUCCCACGUAGAAACCUCCAUGUCGACUGCUCUGGAACAAGAUUUCACCGUUGAGGGGAAGAAAGGCAACCUGCAGUGUCCCUUUGCUAAGGAUGCCGCUGCUGGUGCCGACCAAGACCGGGAGCCUGAAACCGGCCCGGACUUGGCCCCAGACCACACUGAAGACCCUAUUUGUGUUGCCAUGUACGAAGAAGAGACGUCUCAGCAAGGCGCCGUAAACGGAACUCAGGCGAGCAAAUGCCCUAUCCGAUUCUUAGACAAACACUCCCCAGAGGAGAUUGCUCAUUAUGUUGAAACGCACAAGCACGAGCUGCCUCGCAGCCACGAGGUCUGCGUGCGGAGAUAUCAGCGCAACGAGGAUCAGAUUAGGAAAUUGGAUGCAAAGUAUGGAAACAUUGUGAGCAUGAUUGAAGACCUGAGCCAUCUCCACAAGCCGAUGCUACCUGACGAGGAGCACGCACGCCGCCCAAGCGAUGCCACGAGAACUUCAGCAGACCGAGUAGAGAGCUGGGCGCACGCCGUCAGCUCAAGCACGGACCCAGAAGCCCCUGCUGAGCCGCCAGCCGACAUAGAUGAAGACCGACAAAGUCAUUUCGAUCGGCCGCUGAAGGAGGUUCGAGUAGGAGAAUCACCAAGCCGCCCCUGGGGCAUUUCCGUGCCCGUCUAUCAACAAUCUGGCAAUGGAGGAGGCCAUCCCAUGUCGCCGCCCCCCGCGCCCGUGCGAAUGCCGAGUCCUGUACAGAGCACCCAAACUCCUGCGAAGCCAGCUGGGAAAUGCCCUUUCGGCCAUGGAGCUAAGCCACCUGCUUUUACCGGUCUGAACAUAUCAACUUCACCCAAUCCCCAGACUCAGAAUGCUCCAGCCCCGAACACCGCCCAGGACCCGGCACCUUACACCCCAACAAAGGCGCCUCAUGAGCAUAAUCCUGUUCAAGAGUACCGUACUUCUAUUCCGCAGCCUACCUUUAUCAAUCCUGAUAUAUCGAAGGCGCCAAACGCUCCUCAAAUGGUUUUCACCGGUCCUGUCUUUAUUGGGUAUCCAAUGGAACAAGCCAUUCAGUUUAUGAAUCAGUAUCAACAACGUUGAUAAUUGACUUUCAUAUUGUUCUCAUUUUCGACAUUAUACUCUGUUACACUUUUUAUUCAGCAGCCUUAUUCGCAGAGGACCAACCUCAGCAUUGCUUGUUUACGAUUUUAGUCUAUUCGGUCGGUUCUCUAUAGCGGCGGCGUUUUGGUUUUUAUUCUUCUUGUUCUUUUCUUACUGGGGCAAAGAUGGUAUUGCCCAGGGGCUUUUCAGGGAUUUUGUCUAAAUGCUGGGUGAAUAUUGAGCUUGGGUCUCUUUGAUAACAUGAUUGUGAGCAAGCGACUAUUUGAUGAUUUUACGACACAUGGGGUUUGGGUUCGAGCAAGUUAUAGUAUAACAUAGAAUGGAACAAGAGCUAUCGUAUGCUCCGAUUUGAAUAUUGA